AUGGCCGGGAUGGCCGGUAUUGAGAUCUGGGACGACGAUGGCGACUUCCAAGGCGACUUCCACGCUUUCGCGGCCGGCAGCACGGGCACCGCUCCCACCAGCAUGUCGUCGCGCCUCUCCGUGCGCUCGGAGAGCGUCGCCGGCGAUGAAGACUGGAACGUCGUCAUCCAGCCCAACGACGAGAAGAGCACCAGCGAUGCCAUCCAGUCCGCGAAACACGCCGGCAUCCCGCUCCCCAACAACGUACCUACCAGCGCGCUGAUCGGCGGCAGCAUCAAGCGCCUGGGCAAGAAGAAGUCCAAACAGAAGAUCGAGGAUGAUUGGGACAACGACCUCGAGAUGACAGACCAGCCACUCGCGCUGAAGCCACGCAAGGAGGAUUCAACCGCUGCCUCUGGCGAAGAGAUCGACGACUUCGACGACUUGGAAGGCAGUCUGGGCAUUCGCUUCGCGGGCACACGACGCGAUGGCACGCGAAAUCGAAGCUCCUCUGCGUCUGUCAUCAGCCCAAGUCUGGGCUCUGCGACCGCAGACAGCGAGGUGGACGACUUUGGCGGCCUCGAGCUUCCAGAAGGCCCAAUGGACUUUGAUGCCAUGUUGAAAAAGAGACGCGCUGCUGAGGCGGAAUUGUCAGAUCUGUCACAGCCCAGCACCACGCCCGCUCUGGACCAGCCAGCUACCUUGACAAACACGCAUAAGAAGUCGAAGCUACUCUCAGACGAUAAUGACGACUUUCUCAAUGACUUUGAUCUCGGCGGAGCAGACGUUCUAGACAUUCGCAAGCGCACAGCGAACAAGAAUGUGCAAGUCAAGUCUUCUGCGAAGGCUCCGCCGGCUGCACAACGCCCAGCCACCACCUUCAACUUCCACGAUAAACCGAUCGACAAACCUACAUUCAACAGAUCGCACAUCCCUCGUCCUGUGUCGGGUUCUAAGCAAGCCUCGAGACUUGAGCCCGUGUUUGAAAGCGGAGGAGCACCGAAUGCCAGUCGAGAGCGCCGGCAACCUACCACGACCAGUGCGCAGCUGCUACGUUCUAAGCGUUCCAUGCCAGCUCUGCGUAAUCAGCAUAGUACACCUUCCUUUCAGAAGCCUUCCGUGCCCUUUCUACCCGCUGGCGUUUCGAAUCACCAGUCUCAGCAUAUCACGGCACAUAGGGCAAUGCCGUAUCACCUGAGACGUGACUCUGACCCUAACAGACAAGGCGCUCAGUCGCCGCCACCCCGUCCUGGCUCUCGGUUGGCCAACCAGAUCACGCCAGAUACACCCUCGCGUGGCUCCCGGCAAAGACAAGAUGUUGCUCCCCCUUCUUUGGCACGCGAAGCCGCAUCCAAGCGCACUCUAACCAGGCCAGCGAAAAAGCGCAACUUUGGCGACGGGUCGGAGCUCGAGAUUUUUGACGAUUUGCCAACAUCUAACACGAAAGAGAGCAAGUUCAUCAAGCAGCCGAUUGCACGCGGCCCACCCAAACAAGGCCUCCGUAGGACGCAGAGCCGCAGUGACUUCCGUGAUCCGAGCAAACGCAAUUCGAACUAUACUGCCAUACCUGACCGCAUGAUGACUCCAGCACCUCCUCAAACACCGUCUAGUCCUACCAAAGGAUUCUAUGAAAGCCAAAAUGCCACGCCAAGCUACCUGCGCGACACUGCUGCCAGCAGGAUUGCCAGAGAAUCUCGUCUCGCUAACCAGCCUCGACCCAGGAGCGAAGGACCCCUUCAACCACUGACGACGAAUUGGAAGGCACAGAUCGCCGCUCGAAGUCCCUAUAGUAGUCCGAGCACACAUCGCCAGAAGAGCGUGCGGAGGCCUGGCCUGAUCUCUGGCAUUGGAUCGCACGUCCCAAAAAGUGAGCCUCCUUCCAUUCUGUAGAGUUUUGAGUAUAGCUAACCAGGCAUGACAGGUGAGAAAGGGAUGAUCUACAAUCCACAGACUCUUCGGUGGGAAGGCAACGAGAACACAUUGUCACAAUUCGACCUACCUCCACUGGAGACUCCAACACCUUCUGCAAACACACAGACGUCGUACAUGGAUCAUCGACGGAACGCGUCGUCGGCGUCGCCGUCACGUCCUGCGCUCAUUGCUCAUGUGCCAACGAGUACCGGCCACAAUGUGCAGGUGCAAAACGGCAUGGUUUACGAUCCGCAGCAAAUGAAGUGGCUGAAGGUCAAGGGCGGUCGCGACGUCUCUGGUCAGCUCUCGCCUUCGGUCACGGAUGCUGACGAGGAAGAUGCAUUUGCUGGAAUUGAAGACCUCAUAGACGAGAACACGCCCGCGUUCGGGGCUGGCUCUGUGGCUGGCCUGGGCAGUCCCGGUACUCUUGCUCCUCAGAACGGUGCGGGAGAAAUACACGAAGAGUUCGAUCUGGGACCUCGUUUCAUCCGGAUCCAGCAGGAAGAGGAGGCAGCCUGGCGACGGCGGUGUGACGCCUGGUUUGUGGAUGGGAAACCUCGACCCGACGACGGCCGAUGGCGGAGAGCGAUCCGCGAAAUCGUGCCCCAUGACGGCAUGGGCGACUUUUGA